AUGUCGUGGCCCAACGAUCAGAAUUCUCGGAGGCGAGGGGUUUGGAGCCAUUGGGUGCCGCUUGCAGUUACUGUGACUGUCGCGACAGUCGGCAUCGCAGCGUGGGUAUGGAGUCAGCGCAAAGAUGAGGACGAUACGCCCGAAAACGAGCAGUACGCCGACCUCGACUACGACAAUGCAAACUAUGGCGACAAUCCUGCGUAUGGUACUUCCAGAAGACCCAAACCCCCAUCCAGCAACGUCGGAACCGAAACAUACGGCACGGCCGAAGGACCCCGAGAUGCACCCGGGGAUGGUCUGGGAGCAAGGAUGUCUGGCGCAUUGAGGCGCACGCCCAGCCCCCAGCAGUUCUUCGAUGCUGCCGGGAAGACAGUGACUGCUGGCUUCGCCGCCGCCGGCGCUGCAGCCGGUAGGGCAUUGGCCGCCAUCAGGGAAGAGGACAAGAAUGCGUACGCUGACCAUGAGACAUGGUCCGAAGAAGCGGAUGCCAGAAAGGAACGAUCUUCCGGGCCUAGAGACCCCAGCAAGCGACGAAGGACUGUUGCCAUUGUGGUUUCCGCGGACAGCCAUGGUGACGACUUUGACGAAGAUGGAUUCCAUGAACACGCCUCCAUUUUGUCGCAUAUCCCACGCUACACCAACUUCAACGACAUCAAGCUCUUCGUUUUGAUCUAUGCGCCGGGUCUUAAAGAGACGGCGGGCGAGUCUACUAGUAACCUUCCGCCACCGUCGUUGAGCUCGUCCUUCUCUAACAUUGAGCACCAUCAAGCCCAGACGCCUGGUGAGGAGUCAUCCAAGAGCCCCUUGAUGAACCCUUCGCCUGCGAACCCUGCCUUCAAUGCCGUUUACUCCCAGGCAUUGGCUUUGGUUGAGAAGGAGACCAUGGUGAUGCCUUUCACUACGGCCAACGGGCACACCCAUAUUCUUCGCCAUCUCCAGCCCGAGAUCAUCUAUCUCCAGGAGUCUCUUGCAGGCGACAACGGCGCCAUGGUCGCCAAUCUCCAGACCUGGCUGCGCCACGAUAUUAUCCUUGUUGUGGGUGCCGAGGGUGGUGGCGGUGGUCUUGCUGAUAGCGAGUCUGAGGCAGAGAGGCCUGGCAAGGAAGAAAAGUGGUGGCAGCGAUCGGACCGCGUGGGACGUGGCCGAGGCGUUGUCGUCGUUGACGGCAUGCGGGUCCAUGACGACUGGGCCCGCCGUGUCCAGGGCAAGGAGUAA